UACAGCUUUAUGCCAGAAUUCGAAGCCCUACAUGUCUCACUCAAUUCAAUUAUAAAAUUGAAAUCUGAUUAACGCACUAAUCUAUAAUUAAGUUAAAAAUUAAUCUCAUUCUUCCUUGCAUUACUUAUAUAAAACCCUCUCUCGCCUCCUCCUUGGUAUUCAAUCUCCACACUUUCUUCUCUUCUUAGCUCUCGCUCAUAUCUCUCUCUCUAUGUUUUGCCCUAGCUAACUUGUUUUCUUCUUCUUUUUCUCAAUCCGCUUCACAUCAAUGCAUCCUCACGAUUCAUGUGCUUUUCCGAUUAAGCUUUCUCUGGGAUCUCGAAGAAUUGCCAUUUUCUUAAAUAUGUUAAAGCAGACGAGUCGCUUCGAUUACUUCAUUUGAUUAAUGCUCAUGGAUGAGAGGUUUGUCAACCUUUAAUGGAUCUGUCUCCCCUUCUCAGUGGUAAACUGCUGAGUUGAGAUAGGAUUCGGAUGAUGGUUUUACUAUGGGGCUGCCGUGGUUAACUAAACCAGAGACUGACAGGUUCGCUCGAUCGAGUUGUCUCUCAUGUCUAGACCAUUUGUGAGAAGGGAUUUUCUGUUUGCAUCAUUCACUCCCACCAAUCUCUAAAUAUGCAAUAAGUAUUAUUCUCACUUAAGAAAGAAACAAUCCUAUUAUUUGAGAUGCUUCUACAGCUUGGAAUAUGUUGUUUCGUUCUUUAUAUGGCUACCAAAACGUUAAGAAACCAGGUGAACAUUUCCCUAAAAAGGUCUAGCCUGUAGGUCAUAGUCAUUAGACCCACCUCUCACUUCUCGAUUAAAAUGUGUUAUUUCUUCCAUCAAAAUCUGAUCCUUGAGGAGUUAGGUACAUAAGUAAGUACACAGAGUGAACACAUAACUGCCGGGACAGAAUAGCCUAGUGGUAAACCACUAGAGUGAACUGGAUCCCAAGGCACACGGGUUCGACUCCUCCGGGGUUCCAGAGAGCGCCCAGUGACAAAAAAAAAAAAAAAAAAAAACACAUAACUUGAUAAAGUCAUUUACACUUUGGACAUUUUCCCAAGAGAUGCCAAACUUCUCAAUGGAUUUUGAGUUUUUCAAUGAUAGCUAAAAUUUGUAUCUAGCACUACUUAUAGCUACACUAGUAUACUUGAUAAUAUUUGGGGGAGUGGGGGAGAUGCCGUGUUAUUAUUCCCUUCUCAUCGAUGGUCUAGAUGUGUGAGGUGACUCUCAUGGAGGUAAAGAGAAAUGGUGAUAUAUAGGAAAGCAUCCACCACAAUGGUAUUAUCCUAAAAGGGUUAGAAAAUUUUCAGCUUGUGGAAUUAUUGUUUUGUAUUGCUAGAUUUUGGACCAGUGGUCUGCUAAUGCAACACAUGUGAUCCUUUCGAGUAUAGUUGUGUAAGCUUUAUUUUUCAGGUUGAGUACAACAGCAUGCCAUUACUAAUCAACGAUGGAUGCAGAAGCAAUUACUAAAGAAGUCAGAAAACAGAAAAAGUCGAGUGUUUUAAACGAUGAAAGAGCAAAGUAAACGAAAGGUGUACCUUUUUUACUAUAUUCUCUCUCGUUCAUCCAUUUCACGCUGCAACCGAAAAGACCAAAGGGAAUGAAUGGGUGUGUUUUAAUACAUGACGUAACGCCAAGUAUUUAGAGAUUGCUUGUAAAUUCAUACGUACUACAAAUACUCGGUAGAUUCUAACUCCCGAAUGAAAGACUUUGUAUCUAUCUUCUUAAUGGCACAUGAAUAUAAUUAUACAUGGAUUUAUACCAACGUUAAACAAAUAUUAAGUGGACCAUGGUUCCCACUAACAUAUCGUACAUGAAAAAUCAUAUUCUCAAUAGACGUGUACUUUGUAUGUAAUGAGGCAGGAGAACCCACCAACCCAUGAAGUGGAAUAAUAUGUAGAUAUGCAAAAGUAUUUCCCACAAAAGUAAACUAAAAGAAGUUCGAAGCUUAAAGAUACCACUUAUCUAAUCUUCAAGAAGAAUCAAAACAUCUUUACAAGUUGAAGAUAAAUCAAAGUUAUCCAUAAUUUGUUUCUCUACAAAAGCCUCGAUCUCAUAUCUCUCACAAGUCACAACACAUAAGAAGAGAAAGAGAACGAGGGAAAGUGAUGUCGGACCAAAGUUCUGUUCACUUGGAUGUCAAAGACAACCAUGUGGUUAUGAAGAAUGGUAUAGUCGAAGUGACCAUAUCAAAACCAGAUGGUUUUGUCACUGGAAUCUCUUACCAUGGUGUCAACAAUCUACUAGAAAGUCAUAAUGAAGACUAUGAUCGAGGUUACUGGGACCUUGUUUGGAGCGAGUAUGGAACGCCUGGAACCACAGGAAACUCCGAGCGGAUCAAAGGCACAAGUUUUCAAGUAGUACUGGAAAAUGAGGAACUGGUAGAGAUAUCCUUCACAAGGAAAUGGGAUUCUUCUCUCAAAGACCAUAUUGCUCCCAUUAAUGUCGACAAGAGGUUCAUAAUGCGUAAAGAUGUUACUGGAUUCUACUCAUACGGAAUAUUCGAGCAUCUAGCUGAAUGGCCAGCUUUUAACUUGCCUCAGACAAGGAUUGUUUACAAGCUUCGUAAGGACAAGUUUCGAUAUAUGGCAGUUGCUGACAACAGGCAGAGGAAAAUGCCUCUUCCAGAAGAUAGAUUGGGUAAAAGAGGAAGACCUUUGGCUUAUCCUGAAGCUGUUCUUCUUGUUCAUCCUGUUGAAGAAGAGUUCAAAGGAGAGGUUGAUGACAAGUAUGAGUAUUCAUGUGAGAACAAAGAUCUUAAAGUGCAUGGAUGGAUCUCACAUAACUUGGAUUUGGGUUGCUGGCAAAUCAUUCCUAGCAAUGAGUUCAGAUCAGGUGGCUUGUUGAAACAGAACCUUACUUCUCAUGUUGGUCCAAUCAGUCUCGCUAUGUUUAUAAGUGCUCAUUAUGCGGGUGAGGACAUGGUGAUGAAGGUAAAAGCAGGGGAGUCAUGGAAGAAGGUGUUUGGUCCUGUUUUCACUUACCUUAAUUGUUUGCCUGACCAAACCUCUGAUCCUCUUUCACUAUGGCAAGACGCUAAAAACCAGAUGUUAAUUGAAGUCCAAAGCUGGCCUUACGGUUUCCCCGCUUCAGAAGACUAUGCAUUGUCUGAUAAGCGUGGUUGCAUCAAUGGUAGAUUACUAGUACGAGACAAGUCCCUUAGUGGUGAACUUUUACCAGCGAAUGGUGCUUUCAUAGGUUUGGCUCCACCAGGAGAGGUUGGAUCUUGGCAAACAGAAUCUAAAGGAUAUCAGUUCUGGACAGAAGCAGAUGCAGAUGGCUAUUUCACCAUAAAUAAUAUCCGAGAAGGUGAAUAUAAUCUCAAUGCUUAUGUGACAGGAUGGAUUGGAGACUAUCAAUACGAAGAACUGAUUACCAUCACUGCAGGCUGCGACAUUGACAUUAGCAGUAUCGUGUAUGAACCGCCACGAGAUGGGCCAACGGUGUGGGAAAUAGGAAUCCCUGACCGGUCGGCAGCUGAGUUCUUUGUUCCAGACCCAAAUCCCAAAUACAUCAAUAAGCUAUAUAUUGGUCAUCCUGACAGGUUUAGGCAAUACGGGCUAUGGGAAAGAUACACAGAACUAUGUCCUAAGGAAGAUCUGGUGUUCACCAUUGGCGUCAGUGAUUACCAAAAGGAUUGGUUCUUUGCACACGUUACUAGGAAAACAGGAGAUGACACAUAUGAAAAAACGACGUGGCAAAUAAAAUUCAAGCUCGAGAAGGUGCAGGAAAACAGCACAUACAAACUUAGGAUCACACUAGCAACCGCAAAUGUAGCGGAAUUACAGGUGAGGAUGAACGAGGAUGAGAGUGAAAAGAGUUUGAUUUUCACAACUGGUGUAAUAGGACACGACAACACGAUCGCAAGACAUGGGAUACAUGGACUCUAUAGACUUUUUAAUGUGGACGUACCAAGUGAGAAGCUUCUGGAAGGAGACAACACUUUGUUCUUGACACAAGCCAUGACUACCGUUGGGGCUUUUAAUGGCCUUAUGUAUGACUAUAUCCGCCUUGAAGAGCCUUGUUUAGCUUCGAACUUUCACUAAGUUUGUGCUUUUGUGUUCUUCAUCGUCUCAUCAUAGUGGAUUUUUAAGAUAAUAAGUUUACUUAAAGCAA